AUGGCUCUUUCGACAAGACUAAUUCAAGAAACUAUUGAAAAAGCACUUAAGCCACAACAAGCUAUAUUUUGGCUCACAAAUGAUACAGCUUUAAUACGCUUUGUUAAUAAAGCAUUACGUGAACAAGAUAUAUACAUAUUAUUUGUAUUACGUUUUCUUCUUGUUGAUAUUCAUAAUAAAUUAAUUCAAUAUCAAGCAGAUUCAUUAAAUACAUUUCAUAUACAACCCAUGAUGAAAUCUCAAAUAGAAAGUAUUUUAGCUUAUUCAAGUCAAUUAUUGGUUUUUAGUGGAUUUUUAUUUGCAUCAACAAAUAAGCCUCGAAUAAUAUCUAAUAUGAACAAUAAUGAUCAAUUUGAAACAGUUUUGAUUGAUUUUAAAGCAAAAUAUCGUUCUGAUGUAGCACCUUUUGCUUUUCUUCGUGAUAUCAAUUCUAAUAUUAAUAAGCAAAUGAAUCAGGAUCAAGAAGUUAUUUUUAUGUGUGGUUUAAUAUUUCAAGUUGGUUCAUCAUUAUUUAAAAAUUGUAUAUGGACACUUGAACUAUCAUUAAGCAGUGAUGGUGAUGUGCAGUUAUUAUUGACAAUGGCACAACAAUUGAAACGAAGUCAUAAUUUAUGUACUAUUAGUGAUUUACUUAUUCAUUGUAAAAAAAACAGAUAA